GCCCGAAGGCGACAGUAGUUCGUCAACCACAGCAAGGAUGGGACUUGCAUCGGAGGCGACUGCAUCAGGCAGUGCUGUUUCGCCUGCUGCAGCACACACAGGGCCACCUGAAGCAGACGAGCUCUUUUGUGUUGUCAAUGGACAGGUACUGGUUGGUGAAAACCUUCACAUGCCUGAAAAUAAGUGGCAGUACAUCAUGAAGUCUAGGGGUGAUGCCAAAUGCGUGCUGGAUGUAGCCAGGCAUCUGUGGACCCCAGCAGAAGCUGGCGAAAGAAGUCUGACUGGGCAAGCUUGCCGGACGAUGUCCGAAUCAUCCGGCAAGCUGGCGGCAACACCAGCGAAAGUGGAUGCUGUGAAGAACUGCCUGGAGAAGUAUGUGGCCCUGCAUCCUUCGGGGCCAGCAGCACCACCUGCAGAACACCGUGUCGCAGCUGUGCGAAAGCACCUGCGAAGCUUUUUUACCGAAGCUGCCCGACAGGGAAAGAGAGUACGCCAGCCGAAAAGAGCAGAGGCCUCCCUGCCAGAUGGGCAAUAAAAAUGU